UACGAAACCGAACAAAACAGGUUCGUCCACCACGUUGGCGCUAAAUUUCAUUCGUUUAUUAAAAUCUGUGAAACAUCUCCGAACGAUGAGUGAAGCAGUACAUUCCACCGUAUCAUCAGGGCUUCUUGGAUCGGACAGUAAAGAAGACAAUCAGAAAGAUAUCUGGAUUUUCGGGUACGGCUCACUAGUAUGGAAAGCAGAUUUUCCGUUUGAAGAGAAGCGAACGGGCUACGUUGAAGGAUUCCUGCGACGCUUCUUCCAAAACAGUAUUGAUCAUCGUGGCACAGAAGAACGGCCUGGACGUGUGGUUACUUUAAUUCACUCGGAAAAGUCUGAAUCGAAGGUUUGGGGCAUGGGUUAUCGUAUCGGUGCCAAAGACAAGCUACAAGUAUUGAAACAUCUCGACCAUCGGGAGAAGAAUGGAUACGAACGACAUAGCGUCAAGUUUUAUCCCUAUCCCUGGAGUAAGGACCAGUUGAAUGAACCGCAAUCGAUUCUGCUGUAUGUAGCGACACAAGAUAAUCCAUCCUUUGCGGGACAGAGCGACACAUUAGAUGAGAUUGCGGCACAAAUACUCACUUCCGCUGGCCAGAGUGGGCGAAAUCCGGAGUACGUGUACAAACUCGCGGAAGCGAUGCGUCAACUCUAUCCGGGCGAACAGGACGAUCAUCUGUUUGAGCUGGAAAAAUUGCUUUUAAAGCGCGAUCCGUUAGCAAAUGUGCAACGAACGCCGGAUGCGGUCCCCGACGGUGAUGCAAACAGAUCCGAACUCAGUAAGGAGGGGUAGAAUUGGAAACCUUCGGAGGAUAGAAAACAGCAACAUGCGGUAAAAUAAUUAGAUAAAGAUCUCUUCUCAAGGAAUGUUGAGUGCGAGAAGAUGGUGAGAAAUUAUAAAUGAUUUAAUCAUGGUUUUUAAAACCGUAACUUCAAUAUUAAUAUAACA